GUAUCAACUACUACAUUCGUAGAAGAACCACCGCCUGACUGUACACACUAAAAGUUAGCAGCUAGCUAACAAACAUUGACUAAAUAGAAAUGAAGUAAAGGUGCAAGUUAAACUUUGGGCUUCUCACUUCGCUGCCAGCUGACGGCGCGGAAACGUUACACUGAACUACUUGCUACGUUGCAUUAGCUAUGGAGAAGACGUUCAGUCAGUGGAAGAAGCAGUGUCUGAACAAGCUGGACAUGAGUAAGAAAGGCAGUGUGGAUCAAGAUAUCGAACAUGUCGUGUCUCUGCUAAACAGCUGCGAGGAGUACUUCACCACCAGCUCCUGCUCCGGGAGAAUCAUCCUCAUCGACGGGGCUCCAGAAAACAGUGAGGUCCAGAAGCAAAACUGCGUCUGGCUGUUCGUCUCACACCAGAAAUGCACAGUUGAUGACCUGAUGUCUGGUCUGAACGGGUCCACGGGUGAUGCUGUGCUGAAGUUUGAACCUUUUGUGCUCCACGUUCAGUGCAGGAGGCUGGAAGAUGCACAGCUGAUGCAUUCAGUGGCUGUGAACUCAGGCUUCAGGAACUCUGGCCUCACUGUCAGCAAAACAGGGAAGAUCAUCACGGCGGUGCGUAGUACCCAUGGCCUUGAGGUUCCUCUGAGCCAUGAAGGAAAGCUCCUAGUUGAACAUGAGUACAUUGACUUUCUAUCGCAGAUAGCCAAUCAGAAGAUGGAGGAGAACCUUCGACGGAUACACAGAUUUUACCAGAACCUCCAGUCUGCGCUGCCUACAGAGAAACUACAAAAUGUACAAAUCACAGAUCUUCCAAACUCACAGGAACCACAAGAACCCCCUCACACACUAGUGACAGGAAAUGGGGAAGAGGAAAAGGGAACAGAGGAGAGGAACAAAACAAGUGUGUAUAAACGAAGGCGGAAGAGGCAACAACAUCAGACUGAAUGUUGUCACGGUGACGGGGACAGCAGCACGCCAGACCUGAAUGAUUGUCUGAAUCUGUUCACAUGAACUACUGACUCUGCACACAGAACUCCUGCUGAGGUUCUCAUGGACUGGAUUAUGGACUUGCUCCAUUUGAACUGUUUCAGGGCCGAUUGUUGAGCCUUCACCUCCAUGUUGACUUGAACAACACAGCUAGGCAUGCUGUGGUAAUAGAAGGAGCCCUGCAGAAGGGGAUCUACCAUUUUUACUAGAACCCAAAUUGAAGUACUAUAUUUGCAGUGUUUCUGGCAGAGACUGGAUGCAAAUAAAAUAGUCUGUCCAAGCUCUCA